UGAAACUUCUUUUGAAAGCCCAUGUCCAAGCCAAACCAACCUCGAAAUGUCAUGUCAUCGUCGUCACAAACGAACAAAACUAAACUCGGGGAAAGAAAGUUUGGACGACAAAUUGAUUUCCAUGCAAUAUAGUAAUUGCAUUUGGUUUGGUGGUGGUCGAUAGGGACUGCGCAAAAGGCAUGUCAUCGAAUUGAGGGGAGGUAGGGGCCAAGACAUCCUAAUGCUACAAGUCAAGGGGUAAAAAUUAUCCGAAAGAUAUAUUUAUGUACGGCCCCAGAGAAAGCGUUCACAAAAUCCUGAUCCAUCCACCUUUCUCUCUCCCAGAUGAGACUACUGGGCUGACUGACUCACUGAGAAUUGAGAUCGUCUGCGGAAUUGCAAAUUGCUUUUGCUGGUUUUUGGAUGGAAGAUGUCGAGAGAGAUUAUUAGAGACGGGAGAAACAUUAUAGAUUUCCAAUCUCUUACGCUCCUCUGAAAUUGAAUGCAUACGUAAUUCAAUAACAAAUAAUAAAUUGGAAACCACUACUCCAGUCCUAUUUAUAUUUGAGGAUUGGUGUCUUGUGUCAGGGUCUUUUUUCAGCACACUCUCCGUUCUCUCUUCCAACACCAAAGUUGUCGGUCCUUUAGAAGAACUUCUUCUUAUGAAGAUAAAGUGGCCGGUUAUUUGGUGAAAGUUUUUCGCGAAUAGAGGUGAAUAAGGUCUGGAAUUCGCUGUGCCCUUCUGGCAAUGGCGACGGCGACGUCGACAUCUGAUGACGAACAGCAACUGAAUAGGAGGUCGCCCAGUGAAAAAAGUCAGCCCUCACUGGACGAGGACGACCUGACUUCCCCAAAUCCAACCAGAGACGCAUUGGCUGAAGGAAUCGUCUCACUGCUUUCACCAACUUUAAAAACGCUUGAUCAGGGUGUUCUCGCCACAAAACGAAGUCAAGAAGAACUUUCUGAACAAAUUGCCCUACUGACGGACCAACUCAAAGUGAUCUCCGCAGAACAAGUUUGUCCAAUUGACUUGGACGGAUACGUGACACGGUUGGGAACUAUAAAGGGCAAAAUCAAUGUCAUUUCUUCUGUUCUUCAUGCAGCACAAGAACGACUAAACAAGGUACACGAACAAGCUGUUAAAGAAGCGUCAAGAAGGAAACCUCUCCUUGAGCCAUCCCCAGUUGCUUCGUCGUCAGCAUCUGCACUGUCAAGUGUAAUUGAUUCUAGUCAAAAACAGCACAAUUUUCCUGAAACUGGAAAAGAACCAGAACCAGAAGAAAAUACGACUGAUUCGUAAACUAGAAAACUUGAAGUUAGAGUAGAGAAUUUAGCGCUGCGUACAGAUACAUAAUAAUUAUUAUCGUCGUAAUUGUAACAAUGUGGUUGUAGCGUGAUCGUAGUACAAUUCAUUUGUUUAAUUUAAUCAGUACCAGUCAGUAUAGUUUAGGCAAGCGUGUGUUCGUUUUAUUUCUUUG